UAAUACGAUAAUGAACAUCCUUAAUAGAAUACAAAAAGGAAAAAGAUGGCGGUAGCCAAAAGUUAUACGGUCGGACGUUCCUCAAGUUGUUUUCGCAAAUAUCGUAUAUUGUUUGUAUUUGGUAUAACUGUCCUUUGCGUGCAAUUUUAUUUAGCUCACUCAUUUUUUGGUUUAGAUAGUCGUAAACUUGGAAAAUCAUCAUCAGACGGAGAAGAUGUACUGCAAUCAGAAGAAAGUGAAGGUUUGCCAAAAGGCUCACGUCAAUUGAAACUUCCACCUGACAAACAAGCAAAUAAAUCUUCUCAAUAUCAUCGUAAUCGCACUGCCAGAAUAAUGCUAGAUCGUAAAUCAUUAAAUUUUACACCUGCUUGCGAAGUCCUUGGCAGGGAAGCUGUAAGUGCAGUGACACGUGCACAAAGUCAAAUGUGCAAACAACGCAUUGUCAAUGUGACGUGCCUUAGUCAGCAGGGUUUGUUAUAUCCAGAAAGGAUACAAUCCUUGUGUUCACAUUCUCUAGGUUUUUCAAGUAAACCAAUAAAUUUGGGCUGUUUUCAAGAUGAUAAAACCUUGAGAGUACUUUCUGGUUAUUACCAUAUUUUCAAAGGGAACAAUUCUCCAGAGCGUUGUGCUUUUAUGUGUCUUCAAUCAGGAUAUCCAUAUGCUGGUACCGAAUACUCUGUAGAAUGUUUUUGUGGAAUGGAAGAACCACCUCAAAUAAAACAUUUACCAGACUCUAGUUGUAAUAUGAAAUGCUCUGGCAAUCCAAAGCAAUUGUGUGGAGGCUAUUUAACAAUUAAUGUUUUCUGGACUGGUAUCCAAAAAUUUAAAUCUCAAGAAGCAAGAAAUUCAAGUUCAAAGACAGGUCAUGAGAAGGCAGCACGUAUAGCUUACUUGUUAACUGUGAAUGGUAGAGCUAGUCGGCAAAUUAAGCGACUUAUCAGUAUUUUAUAUCAUCCAUCUCAUUUAUUUUAUAUUCACGUUGAUGCUAGACAAGAUUAUUUAUAUCGUGAAAUGUUGAAAAUAGAAAAAUCAUGUAAGGCUAAUAAUAUCAAAGUAGCAAGAGGAGAAGGUAUGAGACAUGCAACUAUUUGGGGUGGUGCAAGUCUUUUAACAACUUUUUUAAGAUCUGCACGACAAAUACUUGCGUACCAACAAUAUUGGGAUUUUCUUGUAAAUUUAUCUGAAUCUGAUUUUCCUGUGAAAACUAAUGCUCAGUUAACGGAAUUUCUUAGUUGGAACAAAGGUAUGAACUUUGUUAAAUCACAUGGGAGAGAAGUUCAACGCUUUAUUACUAAGCAAGGAUUGGAUAAAACUUUCGUUGAAUGCGAAGCACGAAUGUGGAGAGUAGGGGAUCGAAAAUUGCCAAAUGGUAUUCAAAUUGACGGAGGCAGCGAUUGGGUAGCUUUAAGUCGAGAAUUUGUAGAAUAUAUUUCUAAUCCUAAACCAGAUACUUUAGUAGCUGAUCUUUUAAAAGUAUUUCAAUAUACUUUAUUACCUGCCGAAUCUUUUUUUCAUACUGUAUUACGUAAUUCCCGAUUUUGUGAUAGUUAUGUAGACAAUAAUCUUCAUGUGACUAAUUGGAAAAGAAAAUUGGGUUGUAAAUGUCAGUAUAAAGCUGUAGUCGAUUGGUGUGGUUGUAGCCCAAAUGAUUUUAAACUUGAAGAUUUCAGUAGAAUACGUAAUACUGCUGAUCGUAAUUUGUUCUUUGCACGAAAAUUUGAACCUGUUAUAGAUCAAAGAAUUAUAGAUAGAGUGGAAGAAUGGUUAUAUCCUGAAAGAGCAAAUAUGACUGUCAGAGCUAAUAGUUACGAUGCAUAUUGGCAAAGUCUUUAUCACAAGGCAGAUUUAAGUCCUCCGAUAGAUGAUGCAUUAUUAACAAUAUCAUAUUCUUUAGCAAGAAUUUCUUUCCAGAAGCUUAAUGUCAAUUUUCAGAAUGUACGCGUUAUAGAAACAACGGCAUAUUUUCGAGAAAAUCGAUUUACUGGCAUAUUAAUUUUAGCUGAAGGUGAUAUAGAAUAUCGGGAAACAUCGAUAUUGCAAAAUAAAUAUACAGAAAAGAUUGAAGCUCUGGUGUAUUUACGACAUAAUGUUUCUACCAAUAGAUUAUGGUUAGGGAAAAUUCAUAGUCUUUUUGUUAAUACUGAAUAUGACCAGAAAGAACAAACAUUUAGAAAUGUGAUGGGUAGUAUAGGCCCUUAUUCAAAUCCAGUUUUAUUAUAUGAAUUUGAUGAUGCAAUUACAACUCCGCAAAAUUUUUCUGUGCUCUGGAUCGAUCCACAUGGACUGCUAGCAGAUGUUAACUAUAUUCAUAUUGAAGAUGGUGCAGCUUUGAUGGGACAUGUCAGACCACAACUCAGUGAUCAUUUGGUAAUAGGCACUUGGCAUGUGUUGUUGGUGGUUGACUCAUUACUAGUAGCAAAAAUAAAUUUUUUAGUAACUCCAUUAUCCUAUUGGAAAAAUCAACAAAUUAACAAAGAAAAGGCUAAGGAAGUAAACAAUAUGCCUGAUAAUACUUAUCAUAAUACAGAUGAAAUAACAAAAAAGUGGUCAAACUUUGUAAACUUGAUGGUACGCCAUGAGCAGCACUCUUAUGAAAAAGUUACAGAAAAUAAAAUUGGUUCUGAUCUAGAUCAAUGGAUAGAUGGAUUAGUAUACGAACAUUAUGAAAUUGAUAAAAUAUGCAAUGCUGGUGAUCAGACCAAAACCAAACUGAAAUUGCAGAAAUGCAUUGAUACUGCUUGGAGCUCUUUGAGCCCAGACCCAAAGGCUGAUGUCCAUAACCUAUGUCAAAAUUAUUAAUUAAUUUACCAAAUAUGUGCCAUUUUUAACAUUUUUAAACUCAUUAUGCCUCUAUGAAGAUUAUCUAUCUCUUUAGAUAUUUUUAUAUUGACAACAUCUGUAUAUAUAUUGUAUUUAUAAAAAUAUAUAUAUAUAUAUAUAUGUAUAUA